UGUCUAUCGCUUCCUUGAAACCCUAGAUCAUUCAUCACUUGCAACAACAAAAAUGCCACCCAAGUUCGACCCGUCUCAGGUUGUUGACGUCUACGUCCGGGUCACCGGCGGAGAGGUCGGUGCGGCAAGUUCUCUUGCCCCUAAGAUUGGGCCCCUCGGUCUCUCCCCGAAGAAAAUCGGUGAAGAUAUCGCGAAAGAGACCGCUAAGGACUGGAAGGGCCUUCGCGUCACCGUCAAGCUCACUGUUCAGAACCGUCAGGCUAAGGUCUCGGUGGUGCCAUCCGCGGCGGCUCUCGUUAUCAAAGCCCUGAAGGAGCCCGAGCGAGACCGCAAGAAAACCAAGAACAUUAAACACAAUGGAAAUAUUUCACUUGAUGAUGUAAUUGAAAUUGCUAAGGUUAUGAAACCAAGGUCAAUGGCCAAGGAUUUGAGCGGGACCGUGAAGGAGAUCCUGGGGACUUGCGUUUCCGUCGGUUGUACGGUGGAUGGAAAGGAUCCUAAGGACUUGCAGCAGGAGAUCACGGAUGGUGAUGUCGAGAUUCCAUUGGAUUGAGACCCGCAAGCUAGCUUGAGUGGGGGAUUUCGAUGAUUUUAGUUUUUUUUCCCUUCUAAUUUGUGUUGUUGGAUAUUUGAAGAUUUCCCAUAAUGUUAUGUUUUCAAGGAUUAGUAUUUACUGUGAAUUAGAUGAUUUUGAGGUUUUUUUUUGAUCAAGAUUGAUGAUGAAGCCAUUGUUCA